CCUUGUGUUGGCACUUGCGAGAGAGAUGCAAAGGUUCUUAUGGCUUGGUGUAAUUGAGUCAACGUGGAAAGACUUGAAGCGCUGCUGAUUUACAACCAAAUACCCAAAGCGUUACACUUGCUAGUCAAAACCAUGAAGGAGAUUCAAGAAAAGCUCUAUAAAACAUGUACAACAAAAAGUUGACCUUCUUCAGAAACUUAUUCUUCAGCCUUAUGAAUGAAGGGAUUUUUAAAGUGGACUGUCUGCGACAGUGGUUUACCUUGUCGGGGACAGCGGCUCCCAGGGGGUGUGCACAAAAGUUAAAUAGGCACAAGCAUCUUCCAUCACCCAUCUGCUUUUUGUCCAGGUCUUUUUCAAGUUCACUCGCAAGGCGAUUUCACCAGACUCCCCAUUCAAAGAUGCGGUUGUUGACUUGCCUUGCCACUGUUGCUCUCAUGCUUCCCAAUGCAUGGGCCGCCCCUACUAGUAGUGCAAUUAGUGAUGCAGAGAUGCAAAAAGCCAGACUUGAUUUCCUGUCUUCCUCUUACAAUGCCACUGCAACACCCGACAUGAUCAAAGACCUCAGCACGCCAGCAAUCAAACAGGUCUCCGAGAAUCUAGCUCAAACUGGCUCCGGAUCUGCCUCUCUGCCAUCCACUUUGAUGACCCGAACCUCGGAUCUGGUCGCUCGAGCAGUAAGCCCUACCUUGCUGACGGAAUUGAAACGACAUCAGGCAUAUGCGGCCGCGGCAUAUUGUUUAAAGUUCUUUCUUAACAAGAACUGGGACUGCCGAGAGCGAUGUACUACCUCUCUUACUUCUGGUACCGUCAUCACAGAGUACUUUACCAAAUCCCAGUCCGUUGGCUAUGUGGCCUACAACGAUGCACAAAGAGCCAUCAUCGUUGCAUUUCGGGGCAGUCUCACUCCUUCAAACUUUGCAAACGAUAUGCUACUUUGGAAGACGGAACUUUGCCUAGGUGGCGAGCACUUGACGGCUCCUUCUGAUGCGCAAAUCCACUACGGUUUCCAAAACACUUACUUGGCUGCUCGCGAUCACGUUCGUGCUGCUGUGGGAAAACUUCUGAAUGACCCACAACGUAAGAAUUAUGCAAUUCAUGUCGCUGGACACAGUCUUGGAGGAGCCAUAAGCGUGCUUUCCGCUGUGGAUUUGCUCGAUCACUUUGGAAAUAGCUUGGCCGGAAGGAUAACUGUCUACACCUACGGCGAGCCUCGCGUUGGAAAUGCGGCCUAUGCCCGCUGGGUCAACUCUCUUCCCAUUCGCUUCCAUCGUGUAACGGGAUGGGGCGAUGUUGUUACUUCCAUUCCUUUCCGCGACUGGGGCUAUCUGCACCACGAAGAGGAAUACUAUAUCCCCAGCAAGUCAAACAUUCGUCAAUGCAGCGGAGCCAACGAAUUGGAGUCUCCUUCCUGCAUUAACGCUGAAAAUCUGGCCAAGAAUGUGGCCUUGGCUAUUGUCACUCCUUUAGGGAUCUUGAGCCAUUUGAAUCAUUAUUUUGACAUUUCGUUUGGGCCCUGGUGCUGAGUGCUGAUGUCAAUGCCUCAUAUCUGAUGAGUGGUGACUGUCUUUAGUGACUUUCUAUGAAGUGUUUGAAAUCUGUAUAAAAAGCAUAGUUGUAUAGAGUUGUGUAUACCCAAAUGUCAUAGACCUUUAGUAGAAUAUAUUCAUCAUAGAAAUACCCUCGUUGUAGCCGACGAUGUGACUUUGACUAUGAAAAUAUACAUAUCACUGUAGCAA